AUGACAACAUACAAAACUUCCGGGCAAACCAUUCGACCCAUAUACACAAAAGAGGACCUCAACAAGAUAGAAGCAGAACUAGAAAGAGCUGGUCUGUUUAUUGAAUACAGAGGCCACGGUGGUUCGUACUUUAGAAAACUAAACCCCCUGCCCGGUCAGGGGUUUGUUGAAGCACCACCUCACUCUCAGAUAACACGAAAUUUUAUAGAUUUCAAAGGUGAAAGGGCGCUUAACUUCGCCAUCUCAAAAGGAUGGGAACAAUGGUUUACGCCGCUUAUAGUUUCAACAAGGCCGUUUCGUGGGCCAAACCUGUCCUCGGACGAAGCGAAAAUUAACAUGGCGAGUGAAAUAGACAGUUGGGAGUCCACUGCAAUGUGUAAAACCCUCUUCGAAACAUUACAGAAAAUAUUACCUACCAAUAUCAAUAAGAUCAUUGCAUUUGGCUUGGGACAAAUUGGGGAUGUGGAGUUAAUAAGCCCAAUGAGAAUAUUUGACGUCCAAAGUCAUAGGGAGCACGCCCUAGUGUUGACUGUAGCCAGGGCUUUGAAUGGAAGGAAAGGUACGAACCAAGAGAAUAAUGUACCCGUUUAUCUUCAGGAUCCUGCUUACACAACUGUAUGCAAAAGCGUCCUUAGUGACACAUACGGGUUCAAAAUUAUCGACGGGUUUGGUGCCCGUGGCUUCACAAUGGUUGAUGAGAAUACUCUCGUCAUGGGCCACCACCCUAACUAUCCUCUCCGGGAGAUUAUCGCAGAUAUUGCCCGACCCGCCGCUAUGUGUUGGUCGCCUCCAAACCGGGAACUAUUUGAGAACGAGCCUCCACGCCGUAAAAUAUAUGCCACUGACGUUGACUCUGUCCGUGUUUACGAGAUGCUAAAAGAGUACGAAGAGACUCCUAUUCCCGGCUUUCGUUCUAGGAAGCCUUUUGCCGACCAUGAUAAUUUCCAGAUAGAGUGGAUGGAGGAACCAUUUUACGACAGCGUAUGGUAUAUCCGAAAACAAAAGACUUAG